AUGAAGAUCUGCGUUGCAACCGUUCUUUCAAUCGCCCUCCUUCUGGGUAACUCCGUCAACAUCCGAGCUUCCGUUACUGGGCCGGUUCCCUCGGACGGUGAUGGUCCUGCGUCUCAGGCGUGUCCGAUGUGCUGCCAGGGGCCUGUUGCAAUACCCGGCAUACCAGGUCUGCCUGGGUCAUUAGGUCAGCCAGGGUCAAAGGGCGAGCCAGGUCAAAAGGGUGAAAGUGGACAGAUUGGGCCUAUGGGUGAGCGUGGAGCAGCUGGGCUUAAAGGGGACGAAGGCAUAGGCCAGCCCGGAAAAAUUGGUCCAAGAGGAGUCCCAGGUGUUGUAGGGCCAACGGGGGAAACUGGUGUCAAAGGUCAAAAGGGUGAGCCAGGGGAGACACCAGACGACUCCAACCAACGGGUAGCAUUCACCGUGGUGAGGACGAGCCUCUCGGAUACCUCUACUAGUCGCGACACCCGUUUGCCCUUCCAGGAGGCUGAGACGCUUCUGCCGGGUACCAGCUUCGAUCUCGAGACCGGCACGUUCACGUGUAGUGUGCCGGGCACCUAUGUGUUCUUGUUUUCUGUGCUCAAAUAUCCUUCCAGCAGCGACCUGUUCGUUUAUCUCCGGAAGAACGGCGACGAGGUUGUCUCUGGCUUUAGCAAUGAUUCAAGUCACUAUGAGCAGGUGUCUGGGAGCGCGUUGGUGAUUCUGCAGCGUGGAGAUACGAUGUAUCUCACCAUGGCCGGUAGGGCGCAGAGUCACCCCAACAUUCGCUACACCUCAUUCAUUGGCUUCCUUCUUUACCCCCAAUGA